AUGAGCAAGGUCAACCUGUCAGAGGAAACCAUAAGGGAUGCACAGGAGAUGGUCUCCAGCAUUCUUGGUAUGGUCACGGAUGUGGAUAGCAAGCUGAUGGAUGCUGUUGGCCCCAGUGCAGGCAAGAGGAGGGGGAUGAAAGGAAAAGGAAAGGGGAAAGGCAGGGCACAGGAGAAGGAGAAGGAGAAGGAUAAUGGGAAGAAAGAGAAGGGGAAAGAGGAUGCAAACAUCAAGGAAAAUGUACAGUGGGGUAAGAGUGGCAGAGCCAAGAAGGUGGACAAGACAUCCCUGGUGAGCCUGCCCAGUCCUCUGGUGAAGCCAGAGAAGGGCAAGGCAAAGGUGAAGGAGAUGACACCUGCCAAGCCGGUCAUGCCACACCUGGACAAUGAUGCAAAUAAGACACUGCCUGCAACCAGGGCACAUGGGAGGCUGAUGAAGGAGGAUUCCCGCAAUGCAGGGUGGAUGCCAGAAGAGACGCUGGUAAAGGUGUUGAUGGCAACAGUGGAUGAAGCAGUAAGGGAGUCGUUUUCAGCCAAGCACUGCAUGACAUGUAUUGCCAAAGCUGCAGCUCUGCCUUCGGCGCCUCUGGAGCAGCUUUUCCUCCCAGAUACUCCUGAGCCCAAGCCUGUUGAAGAAACUGCUGAAAAGCCUGCCGACAAGAAGAAGCAGAAGCCAGUGCACAGCUAUGCACCAGCAAAGCCCAAAAAACAUGAGCAGGAAGAUGACAAGGAUUUGGUUGGCCCUUUGCAAAAUCAGUCCUGCCUUCCAGAGGCCAAGGUCAAGCUGCCAGUCAUGCCACUCCAUAUGGCAGAGCACAAGAUGCUCAAGCUGCAGAAGAGCCUGCACACAGCUCAAAAGGCAGUGGACGCAGCUCAGAAGGCAAUGGACACAGUAACAAGCUGGGCAGAUCAAGUCCAGACUCUCCUGGGGAGGGCUCUGGCUGAGUAA